GGUUCCUUUGUGGCUGUCCGUUGCCGUGGAGACCAAGGCGAGGGCAACCAGGAGAAGCCAAACUUGGUCAACCCUUUGGAAUCGCGCAGGAGUCCCGGCGUGUUAGUCGUGCUCAUGGCGCUCUACGAGCUCUUCUCUCACCCGGCCGAGCGCAGCUACCGUGCGGGGCUCUGCUCUAAGGCCGCGCUGUUCCUGCUGCUGGCCGCCGUGCUCACCUACAUCCCGCCGCUGCUAGUGGCCUUCCGGAGCCACGGUACGACUAGAGAAGAAGACAGAAAUGAAGACGGGAAGAUGGACUUGUUGCAUUUUAAACUGGAGCUUCCCCUGCAGUCCACUGAGCACGUCCUCGGAGUACAGCUCAUCCUGAUCUUCUCUUACCAGCUGCAUAGGAUGUCCACGUUCGUGAUGCAGAGCAUGGCCCUUCUCCAGUCCUCCUGCGUGGUGCCCGGGGCCCAGCUUUAUGUGAACGGAGACCUGAGGCUGCAGCAGAGGCAACCGCUGAGCUACAGCGGCCUGGACGUCAGAUACAACGUGUCUGUGAUCGACGGGACCAGCCCUUUUGCCUACGACUACGACCUCACCCACAUUGUGGCUGCCUACCAGGAAAGGAACGUCACGACGGUCCUGAGCAACCCCAACCCCAUCUGGCUGGUGGGCAGGGCGGCGGAAGCGCCCUUUGUGGUUAGAGCUGUCAUCCGCUACCCUGUGGAGGUCAUCUCUUACCAGCCAGGAUUCUGGGAGAUGAUCAAGUUUGCCUGGGUUCAGUACGUCAGCAUCUUGCUCGUCUUCCUCUGGGUGUUUGAAAGAAUCAAAAUAUUUGUGUUUCAAAAUCAAGUGGUGACCACGAUCCCUGUGCCAGCUGUGUCGCAGGGAGACUUGUAUAAGGAGCACUUAUCCUGAGGAGACGGUUCUGAAGACUCCGCAGGCCCCUGGCUCCCUCACUGUUGUCAUGUGGAGAGUGGACACCUGCAGGUUGUGCAGUUUGCCCCUCAAAGACAGCUCUUCCCACUUUUGCUCUACACAAAUUCUGCAUCCACCAAGCGCCAGCAAAAAUCACUGGGCACUGGUUUGUGGGAACAUCAGAGGGCUCACGGAAGCUAUCAUUUGUUGCUUUUGUGUGUUUGUUUGCCUUGCCCUUGAAUUUCAAGAGAGCCUUCCAGUCAGUUCAGGCAUCUUGGAAGGAGUCCCAUUUCUGGUCAAGCAGACAUGGUUGCUCUUUUGAACUGGAAGCGCCUCUUCUCCCUAUUAUAAUCCACUUUGACUCUUUUCUUUAGGCCUCUCAUGAUGAAUAUUCAAAUCCCUGGCAGUUUUGACUCUUGGGGAUCUACAGUUCCCUCUCAGAGCUCUGAUUCCCAGACGGAGGCCUUCAUUGGGUGGGGCCCAAGAGCAGGCCCUGCAAACCCACGGUGGGCAGGGUGGCUGAGGACACCAGGACUGACCACCUGCCUUCAGGCCGACAGACAACAUCUGUCGCCAGCCCAGCUGAGCAGCCCUCGGUGCCUGCCUCUUGCGCUGCAUCUGCAGCCCUGGAAUGGCAGAUUGAGUCAGAAUUGCUGUUUCACUCAUCCCUCAGUGAUGGUGGGGGUGCGCAAGGGUUGUAACAACAGGUUCUUUCUCUCUGGCCCUCACCCAAAAGCUUGGACACUUGCCACCCCCCAUCCUCCUUCCUGAGAGGAUGCGGGCGACAGAGGAUCCUUUGUUGGUAUUGGCUCCCCUGCCUGACAGCCACGGGGUUUAUUUGGAGGGCUCACGUGAAGCCCAGCUACCUGCACUUUCCAUGACUAGGAACAAGAUGCCCAGCACAGGGACAGCUCGGGGGGACAAGAGGAGCAGGAGGGACUGAAGAGGCUGCUGGGCCAGGCAUGGCAGCCUGGCCAUUAGCAAGAAGACCAGCAGUCCAGCUGCUAGACAACCCUCUUGGCUGGGCAGGUGUCUGCAGGGUGAGAGGCAGCUAGAAGGGACUUACGCUGCAUGCGGAAGACAUUGGUUAUUCAGCCCAUCCCCACCCUGGGCAAGCACUGCAGCCUCCUCAAAGGCCAGAUGGGUCUGAUUUAUAGUCCCCAGCAUGUCAUCAGACACAAUGGAGAGAUACACCCUCUGUGACUCAUGCUUCCUGCUCCCCCACAGACAUCCUUCAGUGUGUGCCUCAGUUUGCCUCGGGAUCCAGUUCCUAAUUCCAAAGCACCUUUUCUUUCAGGCUGACCAAAAUAAGAGGGUUUUUUUGUUGCUGUUUGGUUGUGUUUGUUUGUUUGUUUUUUGAGAAACAGCCUUGCUACAUAAUUCACACCAGCCUUGGCUAUGUACUUCAGGUUGGCCUUGAACUCACUUUGUAACCCAGGCUAUCCUCACAUUCAAGCGGUCUUGCCUCAGCCUAUUGGUGCUGGGAUUACAGGCAUGCACCACCAUGCCAGUCUUAAUUAACCUUUCUCUCUUGCUGACACCCAAAGUUAAAGAAGAGAAGGUUUAGCUCAGUUUGUAGAGGUCUCAGUCCAUAAUCAGCCGGCUCCAAGGCAGGGUGUCUUGGCAGAGGGCAUCUCAGAGGAGAGCAAUUCGCGGCGGGGGACGGGCAGAAAACGGCAAAAGCCACCAAGAGAGGGACCUUAACAGCGUCCUUCUGUGUCUUUUAUCUUAGGGCGGGUAGCACUCACAUUAAUCCUAGUAUCUUUGACCCUAGCAUUGUACUUUGAAUUAAUCCCAGCGUCCCACACAAGAUCCGGUACAUUUGAAAAAGCCCCACUUGUGACCACAUGGGACGUCUAAACACAAAUCGUAACAAUGACUGUCACCAAAAUAAGAGUUUUAGAAAUAAUACUUUGAAAUACUCAGGCAGAAAAAUCCCCUUACUCUAGUCCCUCUGACUUUUACUAUUUAGGUCCAUUUAGACACCUACUUAUCGCUUCUCGGCCUUCUGGCUAAGAUCAAGUGUAGAUGCCUACAUUUUUUUUCUUGAGAUUUAAAUGAAAACUGGUUUCUGGCUUAAGUGUCUAAAAGAUAACAAGAUAUGGGAGGGUGGCUAAAGAUAAGUGUUUGUUUUACACUUUACUGUUCUAAUGCAAAAUUUGUAUAGAGAACCCAUAAUGUUUUAUAACUUUCUAAUUAAAAUGUC